AUGGAUUUCUGCACCUUGGGCAUGUUCAUCAUUGAUGAGAUCGAGUUUGCACCACCGAAACCGCCUGUGAAGGAUAUCCUCGGCGGGGCCGGGUCCUACUCAGCUUUGGGUGCGCGCAUAUUCUCUCCGCCCCCACACUCCAAAUCAGUGGGAUGGAUCGUCGACUGCGGCUCCGACUUCCCUGCUGCACUGCGAGAGACCAUCGCCAGCUGGGACACUGGUGUUCUCAUGCGCGAGACGCCCGAUCGCCUGACCACUCGCGGGUGGAAUGGCUAUGGCGAGAACGAACAUCGCGCCUUCCGUUACACGACCCCAAAGCUGCGUCUCAAUCACCAUGCGUUGGCAAACACGCAGCUGCUCUGGUCCAAGUCUUUCCAUCUCAUCUGCUCGCCACUGCGGUGCAUCGAGCUAGUGAACAACAUUCUAGCAUUGCGCAACCAGUCCGAGAACGCGCAAUCGCUGCGGCCACUCUUCGUCUGGGAACCAGUGCCUGAUCUCUGCGUUGCCGAAGAGUUGCCUAACUGCUUGAAAGCGCUUAGACUCGUGGACUGCGUCAGUCCCAAUCACGCUGAGCUCGGUGGUUUCUUCGGAAAAGACACCAACGGCAAGGACCAUGUUAACUACCGCCUGAUCGAGGAGCUGUGUGAGCAGUGGUUGGAGAACGGUAUUGGUAUGGACGGCAAAGGUGGUGUCGUCGUCAGAGCUGGUAAAGAUGGCUGCCUUGUCGCACGCUCAGGGACCCGAAAGUGGUUGCCUGCCUACCAUCAGCGAGGGGAGAACGUAAUUGAUCCUACAGGCGGAGGCAACGGUUUUCUCGGCGGUUUGGCAGUAGGGUUAGUCAGAGGCAGUGGUACUUUGGGGAUGGAGAACAUCGAGGAGGCUGCAGCAUGGGGCGCUAUCUCGGCAAGUUUCGCCAUUGAACAGGUCGGCAUGCCCAUGCUUUCGCGGUCUCCAAAACCGAAAGGCGGUGAAUACUGGAACGGGGUUCGUGUCGAAGAUAGACUUUCAGAAUUCAAGGAAAGGCUGGGUAGAUAUGUACAGCCAUGAUAUGCUCUAGC